UUGAAAGCGGUACACGUAAAGCUCGUUCAAGUAAAUUAUUUUAUAUUAUGAUUUUUUAAAUAUAUUUUUAAAUAUGUUGUGGCAAAUAAUAAUUAUUUUAUGUAUAUUGUGGUAUUUAUUGGAAUUAUGGAAGAUUCGACGAGUGGUGGCCGCGUCGAGACAGAUUAAAAGCAGUUUUAUUUCUUUACCUUUGAUUGGUCAUUCUUACAUGUUUAUUGGCUCUAAUGAGGAUCGAAUGACAGCGAUAAAAAAAGUAUCCUACGAUGCAAUGAAGAAUGCAUCCAAUGUAUCAAAUAUAAGGAUGGCAUUUGAAUUCUAUACAGUGGUAGUUGAUGCAGAAGCCAUUGACAUUUUAUCAAAGGAAUUUCUAAACAAACCACCAAUGCUGUAUAGAUUUUCGCGGAAGCUUCUCGGAGAUGGCUCUCUGAUGGCGCCAUUGAACAUCUGGCGACCCCGUCGAAAGCUACUAGCUCCGAUGUUUGGGCAGAAGAAUUUAUUAAACUUCGUCAAAGAAUUCUCGAAGCAAAGUAUGAUCUUGGCGCAGAAUUUGCAGUCCGUAGCUGGCGGGGAAGCUUUCUCCGUCUGGCCUUUCUUUACUACGUACACAUUGGAUACUGUUUGUGAAACAGCACUAGGAAUUCAAUUAGAUAAACAAAUACAAAAACACGAAGAGUUUCGUGAAGCUUUUGAAGAAUAUACUGUGAUCGGGUCAAGGCGAAUGUUAAAGCCCUGGUUAUACCCUGGGGCUAUUUACAGACUGCAUCCAGACUGCAAGAAACUUAAAAAAUACGGUGCCACUGUAAACCAAUUUAUUACUGAUGUGGUGGAAAAAAAGCGAUUAAGUAUGCAGGAGAAAAGACAGACAGACAGUGAACAGACAAAUUAUAAUAUCCUGGAAAUGCUUCUACAAACAGCUGACACAUCAACAAAGAUGUUAAUUGAAGAGAUGCUGGUUCUAGUUCUGGCUGCUACAGACACGUCUGCAGUGGGGGCUUCUUUCACAGCUGUAAUGCUGUCGAAAUAUCCAGAAGUGCAGAAGAAAGUGUAUGAGGAAAUCAGAACCGUUAUAGGCGAAAAAAACAGGCCAAUAGAAGUUAGUGAUUUAGCACAUUUGAAGUAUUUAGAAGCUGUAAUAAAAGAAACAUUAAGAUUAUAUCCACCAGUGCCCAUCGUUGCCAGAGCAGUUCACAAAGAUAUUACUUUACCGUCAGGAGUUACUCUAGUAAAGGGUAGUAAUUUAAUUCUAAGUGUGUGGGGGGCGCAUCGUAACCCUGAAUACUGGGGGGAGGACGCGGAGGAAUUCAAUCCUGGUCGUUUUAUCAAAGGAAACUAUACACAAUCAGCUUUCAUACCUUUUAGUUGUGGGCCCAGAGGUUGUUUGGGAUACAAGUAUGCAAUGAUGUCCCUAAAAACAAUGAUAGCUACCCUGAUAAUGCAUUAUGAAAUAUUGCAAGCGCCGAACUUAUACACUGGACCGAUAAGAGUACAAUAUAACAUAAUGAUGAAGGAUGUUGACAAUUUUCAAAUAAAAUUAAAACUAAGAUAA